AAUAACAAUCCUGGAAGAUCCUCUCCACCUAGCAGUCAGUAAAAGAUGAUGGACACAGUGUGUGAGGCGGAGACACUGCUUUUUGCAGCAGCAACCACCAGAGUUGUGGCAUCAUCUUGAUUUCAUCAUGGCAUACUGACAGACUUUGGGUCAGAGCCUGGGUCCUGACAGCCCCUAACAAGCCAGGUUUGACCAACCAUCCUCAGCGAUCCAGUUAAAUUAACAGUCUCAAACCAUGAAUUAUGUGGGCCAGCUGGCUGGGCAGGUGCUCGUCACCGUAAAGGAACUCUACAAGGGCAUAAACCAAGCCACCCUCUCCGGGUGCAUCGAUGUUGUUGUGGUACGCCAGCAAGAUGGUACCUAUCAGUGUUCACCUUUUCACGUGCGGUUCGGGAAGCUGGGCGUCCUGAGAUCCAAAGAGAAAGUGAUUGAUAUAGAAAUCAAUGGCAGUGCAGUGGAUCUCCACAUGAAGCUGGGUGAUAAUGGAGAGGCUUUCUUUGUGGAAGAGACUGAAGAAGAAUACGAAAAGCUUCCUGCUUAUCUUGCCACCUCGCCAAUUCCUACAGAAGACCAGUUCUUUAAAGAUAUUGAGACCCCUUUGGUGAAACCAGGAGGAGAUGGAAAACCAUCUCAGAGUUCAGAUAUCUCACACAUUGUGGAAGCAGAGACGGUUUUCACUUCAACUUCUGUCAAAAAGAAAAAACGCAGGCGAAAGAAGUGCAAACAGGACAGUAAGAAGGAAGAGCAGGCUGUUUCCUCGGUUGCAGAAGAUCCGGGUGAUGUGGCUGUGAGCUCCGAUGAUGAGAAGGGAGCCCAUGCAGCAAGAGGACCUUCAAAUGCUUCCUUAAAGGAAGAAGAAUAUAAAGAGCCUUCACUUUUCCAUUCUGGAGAUCACUACCCCUUAUCUGAUGGAGACUGGUCCCCACUAGAGAACACUUAUUCCCAGGCAGUGUGUCCUAAGAGUGAUUCAGAGCUGGAGGUGAAACCAGCCGAGAGCCUGCUCAGAUCUGAGUCUCACAUGGAGUGGACCUGGGGCGGGUUCCCAGAGUCCACCAAGGUCAGCAAAAGAGAAAGAUAUGACUAUUACCCUAAGACAGCUACAAUCACACCAUCAGAAAAUACCCAUUUUCGGGUAAUCCCCAGUGAGGACAACCUCCUAACAGAAGUGGAGAAGGAUGCUUCCGCUGAAGAUGCUAUCUGUACUAUAGUGAAACCCAAACCCAGAUCCUUGUGUAAGCAGCUGAGCGAUGCAACUUCUGCUGCAGAACUUCUCGAGCCUCCUCCUGAGACACCUCAGAUUUCCUCACUGUUGGAUGCCGACCACCUUCUCAGCCCAGCCCUCAUAGAGGCUCCCUCAGAGCCCAGACCAGCAGCUAAAGUAGACUCACCAUCCAAGAAGAAAGGUGUUCACAAGAGAAGUCAGCACCAGGGACCUGAUGAUAUUUACCUUGAUGACUUAAAGGCCCUAGAACCAGAAGUAGCAGCACUCUAUUUUCCUAAAAGUGAAACAGACCCAGGCUCCAGGCAGUGGCCCGAGUCUGACACGCUGUCUGGCUCCCAGUCUCCACAGUCUGUUGGAAGUGCAGCUGCAGAUAGUGGCACUGAGUGCCUCUCAGACUCUGCCAUGGACUUGCCCGAUGUCACCCUCUCCCUUUGUGGAGGCCUCAGUGAGAAUGGAGAAAUUUCUAAAGAAAAAUUCAUGGAGCAUAUCAUUACUUACCACGAAUUUGCAGAAAACCCUGGACUUAUCGACAAUCCUAACCUCGUAAUACGGAUAUAUAACCGUUACUAUAACUGGGCUCUUGCUGCUCCUAUGAUCCUUAGCUUGCAAGUGUUCCAGAAGAGCCUGCCGAAGGCCACUGUUGAGUCGUGGGUUAAAGACAAGAUGCCAAAGAAAUCUGGACGCUGGUGGUUUUGGCGAAAGAGAGAAAGCAUGACCAAGCAGCUGCCAGAGACCAAGGAGGGAAAGUCUGAGGUACCGCCGACCAGUGACCUCCUGUCAAGCUCCAAGGAGCCAACCAGUGCCAGGCCAGCCGAGGAUGACACAUCGAGUGAUGAGGGGUCACAGGAGUUUGAGGAAUCGAUCAAAGUGGACACCAUCCCCAUGGAGACUCUCAGUCACUGCAGUACAACGUCAUAUAAGAAGUCUCUCCGGCUCUCCUCGGAGCAGAUCGCAAAACUGAAGCUCCAUGAUGGCCCCAAUGACGUUGUGUUCAGUAUCACAACCCAGUAUCAGGGUACCUGCCGUUGUGCAGGCACCAUUUACCUGUGGAACUGGAAUGACAAGAUCAUCAUUUCUGAUAUUGAUGGAACAAUCACGAAGUCUGAUGCUCUGGGGCAGAUUCUCCCACAACUGGGUAAAGACUGGACUCAUCAGGGCAUAGCAAAGCUCUACCAUUCCAUCAACGAGAAUGGUUACAAGUUUCUGUACUGUUCUGCCCGUGCCAUUGGCAUGGCCGACAUGACCCGUGGUUACCUGCACUGGGUCAAUGACAAGGGCACAAUCUUGCCCCGAGGCCCUCUGAUGCUGUCCCCCAGCAGCUUGUUCUCUGCCUUCCACAGGGAAGUGAUAGAAAAGAAGCCAGAGAAGUUCAAAAUUGAGUGUCUCAAUGACAUUAAGAACCUGUUUGCCCCGUCUAAGCAGCCCUUUUAUGCUGCUUUUGGAAACCGACCCAAUGAUGUCUUUGCUUACACACAUGUUGGUGUUCCUGACUGUCGGAUAUUCACCGUGAACCCCAAGGGUGAAUUGAUACAAGAAAGGACCAAAGGAAACAAGUCAUCGUACCACAGGCUGAGCGAGCUCGUGGAUCACAUGUUUCCACUUCUCAAUAAGGAGCAGAAUUCAGCCUUUCCAUGCCCAGAGUUCAGUUCCUUCUGCUACUGGCGAGACCCUAUCCCUGAAGUGGACCUGGAUGACCUGGCCUGAAACAGGACCUGUGGUGGAGUCGGGGCCACAGUCACUCAGCGCCAGCAGGGGAAGUGGCCUGCUCUCUUGCAGGUGAAGACCAGACGCCCACUGUCAGAACAGGGACCGAGUCUGGAGCUGGCACUGCUGCCCUCCUUCACCUUCCAAGGCCACUGCUCAGUGCCUGGAAGGAGUGAGGGACUGAGCCCGGGUUAGAAGCCUGUGCUAAGUCACACAUGGCCUCUCCUGCUUCUUGCAGCAUUGUAUGCUGUGCACCACUUCAGCUGCAUAGCUGAAAAGAAUGGACCAAAACAUUACUGCACAUAGUAAAGUGUUAUAAUUUCCACUGGGCAGUUGAGAUUGUUUCUCUCCAGGGAUUUCUCCAGAGCAGAGGGUCAAGGUUCAGUGAACCAGCACAGGUCCAGUUAGUGUUGCUGGUUAAAACCACCUGUGUGUGUCUCUCCUUGAGACUUCUCCAUAGCUGCUCAGUGUGCCAAGUUGGGCAGCCCCCCAAGACCUGAGAGCCACCGAGCCCAGCUGCACCAGUGUGGGCUUCUGGGGAAAGAUUGCCCUUCAUCAUUUUCUCAUCUGUGACUGCUGCAAAAGUGAGAAGCCUUUUCAGUUAUUUCUUGUGCCUAGCCUGAACAACAGAUGUAUAUUUGAUGCAGAUCUAUAUUUGAUGUUGGAAUAAUAUGGGGAAUUGGGUUUUAAAGCAAACAAACAAAAGCAACAACUUCAUUUCAGAAAUGUAGAUAAGCAGUUAUCCUAGGUUCUGGGAGCAGCCCUUUGCUCUCUCAUUCUGUCUGCUGCCUAGUUUUUAGGUGGGCUUUUGGGUAGGUAUCAUGUUUUGGGACAGGAUUCAUGAAAUUCUAGCCUUCAGAUUUGUCAGGGAAGCACAGAGGAACCUGCUAAAAAAGCCAUUGGCCAGAGCACUGGCUUUGUAAUUUGAAUCACAGUAUGUAAUCAAGUCCAUGCAUGCCAUGGGAGAAAGGGGUCAUGGAGCUCCUGCUGAGCAGCCGGCACCUCAGCAGAGUCCCUAGACCAGCUGGGGCCACUCCUAUAGUUGGCAGUGCAGAAGUUGCCCUAUGUGGGAACAUGGGAUUCCCCUGAAUUUUCUCUAUAAUACACUAGGCAGCUCCGUUUAUGUCACGAGCUCAUGUCAGAUGUUGGAAGGGAUGGCACCAGAAAGGGUUGAGUGCUAGAAUCCCCUCCAGAGCUUGUGAUCAGCUGGUCACUGCAGUCCUAAAGACAGAACUGUUCAAGGGGGCUUCCAGGAGACUGGAAAUGGCCCGGGUCAUGGUCUUCCACUGCCGAUACAGACCAGUGGCAUAAUUUCCAGCUCUGCUCCUGUAGUUGUUGGGUGACUUAUUUUCGUGUUUUACUUUUUCAUGUUUUACUUUGCUUCACCCAAGAUAAUACUGAUCCUAGAGUUGAUUUAGAUAAAGGAUGGUUGGUUAUUUUUCCAGAUUGGAGAGUUGAGUGUCCUGCCUGAUUUCUGCCCUGUUACCAGUGCAGUUGAAUACAAGCGAUGUUAAAACCCCUUGACACAAUUCUCAGUGACAAGACCUGGAGGCCGUGCUCCCAGAAGAGGGGUGGUGCAAGCUUUCAUGGUGCCAGCCGUCAUCCUGAACAGUUCCCAGGCUUCCUUCAUGAGCUUAUGUUAGGAGGCACAGGAACGUGGCUGUGUUUUUGCAAGGCUCAGUCCACUGAGGGGGUUAAGAUUCUGUUAGUGCAGCCUUGCAGCUGCUUUACUCGUAGGUGCCAUCAGCAUGCCCUCGGGUUUAGCUCAGUUUUGAUUUAGGGGAUUAUUGCAAGCUUUGUGUCCUAAGCCUGAAUUUAGUAGGACCUCUGCACAUGUGUGGUACUGAACAUCCUAACCUGCAUCCUGUUUUAGCUGCUUUUAGCUUGUCCUGUAAGAAGUUUUUGCCUAGGUAGUUUUUCUUUUCCAGGAAGAGCUCUUGCCUUUGGACACAUGGGCCUUCUUACAGGGUCCCGCCUAAGAUCUGAGUCUCCUGUCCUGUGUUGAGGGUGGCUGGUCCUUCUGUCCCAGUGUCCAUUAGCCCUAGAAUUUGUCACUGCAGGUUGAUGAGUGGGUAUUUAGGCUGAUGAAUGUUUUUCCUUACUUAAAGGAGUCCUUUAGCUGAAAGUAGAUGGUUACUAUUGCUGUAGUGUUACAAAAGUGUUAUGUUUGUGCUAAAAAUCCAUUGCCAUUUGGUACAAAUGACAUUUGUUCUUUCUGUGAAAGAGAGAUGCUCUCAAGUGUGUUUGCACACACACCCUUAGGAUGGUCUCCAGUGACCGUGGCUGUCACAGGGACACUGCAUGCAGACUGGGCUCUUCUAAGUCAUUCUGCGAGCUGCUGUUGUGUUGGUGAGGUGGCCCUCCAUCCUCCCAGUUCAGUCUGACAGUAGCGCUUGCUUUGAUGUCACGUCCUGAAGCUUGUUUGUACUGCUGACGGCCGUGAAGGCUGCACCAGGUGCGCUGUGGACCUGGAGCGUGCAGACUUAGCCUGUGGUCAGGACUGCGUUUCCCUGUGCUUAGCACAUCUGCAGUUUUCAGUUGGAAAAAGGAAAAAAAAAAUGCACUAAUGUGAUAUCCGAAAACAAAAGCUGCUUAAAAAAAGGCAGACUGGAGAGAGCAGGCAAGGAACCAAGCUGAGCGGGUGAGAAGUGCUGCCUGCAUCCACGCACGCCAUGCGCUGAGGGCCCCGCACGGCUCUCUGUGGCCGCGCAGAGGCGCAGCAGGGCCUCCAAGGAGAAACGGUUAGUGAGAUGUCAGCACUUCGUCUUUUUGAGAUUGGUGAAAAUGGAUUCCUCCGGGGAGUUUUGCCUCUCCAUGUUUUACCCUAUGUACUCGGGGAAGCUUUGUUUUCCCACAUUUUAAAGCAUGCUGGGCUUCAUUUAAACUGGUUAAAGUAAGUAAACUCUCUUUCCAAGUGAAAACCUUAAAUUUUUGUUUGUUUACUUUUUGGUAUGCAGGCAGGGACAACUGCUCUUUUGAUUUAGUAAUCACAUUCAGCUGAUGAAGUAUGAUUGUUAGCAGUGUCACUAGGAAACUUAGGUUGUCAGGUGACCAGCAGCAGCAGCAGCAUAGUGCUCAGUCGUGGAAAGGUGUCCUCAAUGAAUGGCUCAUAUUCUGGUGCAGUGUUUGAUGUUCAAAACAAAAUGUUACAAUAAUAAACUAACAUAACUGUG